AUGGAGGCUUACAAGACUCACGGAGGCGUUUCGCCCAUCCCCACUGUUGUUCCUGAGCCGACUCACUACCAGACCAUCGGCCACAAUGGCGUCCGCGCUCUGUGGGUUCUCUUCGUCGCCAUGACCGUUGUCUCGGCACUCUUCGCCGUUCUGUCAUGGAACGUCGCUGUGCAGCGCCGCGUGUUCUACUUCCUGAGCACCCUCACCACAAUCAUCUCCGCCCUGGCCUACUUCGCCAUGGCAUCUGGCCAGACCUCUUACUACAACUGCGCCAGCGUGCGAGACCACCACAAGCACAUCCCCGACACCCACCACGAUGUCUGUCGCCAGGUCUUCUGGGCUCGCUAUGUCGACUGGGCGCUCUCCACGCCUAUUCUCGUUCUCGAGCUGUGCUUGUUGGCUGGUGUUGAUGGUGCCCACACCAUCAUGGCCAUUAUCGCCAAUGUCAUCUUCGUUCUUGCCGGUGCUUUCUCUGCUGUUGGCCACGCCAACACUGCUCAGAAGUGGGGUUGGUACGCGAUCAGUCUUGUCGCCUUUGUCUUCACCGUCUGGCACGUCGCUGUCCCUGGAUCUCGAACCUCCCGAGCUCGCGGCACUGGAAUUGCCCGUCUCUUUGGCUCCGUUUCCAUUGCUGCUCUGAUCCUCUGGGUUGUCUACAUUGCCGUCUGGGGUGCUGCCGGUGGCGCCUGGAAGGUCAAGGUCGGCACUGAGGUCGUCAUCUACGCUGUCCUCGAUGUCCUCACCAAGGCUGUUCUCGGUCUCUGGAUCAUCACCGCUACCCGCAAAAACCGCGACACCACUCCCGACAUUGGUGGCUACUGGGCCAAUGGAGCUGGUGCCGAGGGUACCAUCCGCGUCGGCGACGAUGAUGAGGGUGCUUAA